CUGGCCCCUGCUGGCAGACAGGAGAACUGCACAUCUCUUCACGGGCGCCUGAGUUGAACUGAGGAGUCGCACGGGGGUCUGUUGACAGGAGGACGAGUGUGAAUACAGAGGUGGACGCUGCAGAUCUCAGGAUGGACUCCAGUGGGAAACCCUCAACCGCGCAGAUCGUGGUUUUAGCCACCAGCUCAGCUCUGACUGCCAUCUUCUAUUCCAUCUACAGGAACAGAGCUACGACAGUCACCAGAUUAAGGGAAGCAAAGAAAAUCUCCAUAGAUCAGGAUCUGAAAAACAUCCUGUCUGAAACACCGGGGAGAUGUGUCCCGUAUGCAGUCAUAGAAGGUGUGGUGAGGUCUGUGAAGGAAACUCUGAGCAGCCAGUUUGUUGAUAACUGCAAAGGCGUCAUUGAGAGACUGACGCUGAAGGAGGAAAAGAUGGUGUGGAAUCGCACCACUCAUUUAUGGAGCAGCACAGAGAAAGUCAUCCACCAGCGCACCAACUCCGUUCCGUUCGCCCUCGGGCCUCACGACGAAGACAUCGCCACCGCGGUCCGAGUCAUUCGUCCGUUAGACGCCGCGGAGUUGGACCUGGAGACCACCUACGAGAACUUCCACCCCACUGUCCAGUCCCUGUCCAACGUCAUCGGCCACUUCAUCAGCGGCGAGCGACCCAAGGGCAUCCACGAAACCGAGGAGAUGCUGCGCGUGGGGGACAACGUCACGGGGGUCGGAGAGCUGGUCCUCGACAACAACCUGAUCAAGCUCCAGCCUCCGAAGCAGGGCUUCUGCUACUUCCUCACCCGGCUGGACUACGAGUCCCUCCUGAGGAGGCAGAGCAACAGCGUCAGGCUGUGGAGGAUUCUGACCGUCCUGUUCGGCGUCGCCGCGUGUUCCGCGCUCGCCUUCAUCCUGUGGAAGCGAUACGCGCACAACCGGCAGUGUAAGAAGGAGAAGAGCAUCCUGGAGGAGUUCAAGGAGCAGCAGAGGAAACGGAUGCGCGAGCUCAACAGGGACGAGGGCAGCGUGUCCCCCACCAGCUGUACUGUGUGCCUGAGCCAGGAGCGCUCCUGUGUGUUUUUAGAGUGCGGCCACGUGUGCGCCUGCUUCCAGUGCUACGAGGCCCUGCCCGAGCCGAAGAAAUGUCCCAUCUGCAGAGCCACCAUCGCCCGGGCCGUGCCUCUUUACAACAGUUAACGCUUCACGCUCGCUGUAAACUCGGAAACCGCGACGUUGAAAAAGCCGUGAUCUCAGGCUGAAAAGGACAUUCGCUUUUCCUUUCACUCAUACAGAUGAAUGGUGGGUGCAUCUGUGCUGAAUAAUGAUGAUGCAAUUACGCGUCCAAUCAACCGUUCCAAUCAGAUUUGGAAACCGUAAUUCAUCUUGAUUGAGAAAAUGAAUUUGUCUUCUCUCCCGAGAGGGAAAAUAAGAUUUUCUUUGUGCUCAGCCCCACAAAUAUUGAUGAAACCGAUCUUGGCCCCCGCUUCCUGACAACAAUCGAUCUCAUCCAGGUUAAGAGCAUUUCCUAAGACACUUAACGAUACAGUACAUCAAUUACAAACGUAAUGGUUUUGAAGCUUUCCGUGCCGUACGCCCGUCUCCGCUCGCUGCUCGUGUUGCUAAGAACAGAACGGCUUCUGUGUAAGUUUAACGGCUGCGACCGUCCUUUAUUUUAACUGUCUGUCAUUCUUUCUGUAGGCGUGUGACAACACCGCAUGCACGCCAUGAAAAACAACAGUAAAGUUGAAUAUGCUGGCAAAAAAAAAAAAAAAAAAUCAAAGAUGGUAACAUCAGCGUUGAGUCAUUUACGUCACUCAGCAACUCAACCUUUUCAGCGUUUUGACCACGCUUCCAGCCUCGCUCGUCUUUUCAAACGCUCGUCCGAGCAUCUGUUUGUUUUGCCACCUCCGUGUUGUCGGGAGCUCGCCAGGUACUUUUAAUCUGCAGUCUCUGGGCGGGUUGACACGGGGUGAAAAGGCUUAAUGUGCAGAAGCAAUAAAAACAUCCAUUUCAAUCCCUCCUGCAGCUUCUUACAGCGAGAUGCUCACGGCUUCUCAGCGGAGGUGCCUUUAACUGUGCUUUCGGCAAACACUGCAACUUCUUAAGCAGUUUAAUAAGAUUGAUUUCACGAUCAUCUUAGCCUUAAGUUGUUUUUGCGGUCUCUUUUGCUCUUUACAUUUGAUUUGUAAUAGAGAAUAUUCUUCUUCCAGUGUCUUAUGGUUUGCUGUUGCGGUUCAUUUGAGGCCGUGUUCUGUCGGUGGAGCCACAGGAAAGGUUGCGGUUCACACCGGUACGUGUGAGGCAGGGUUGUAGGGGGAUAAUUGUACAAGUUUCUGUCCUUGUUCUGCAGCGAGCGAUCACACUGACUGUCCUGUUCUUGCUUGAUUUUCACCUGGGUGCUUGUUAAUGAAGACUUCAGCACACCCAUCCGCAGCGCACAGAACAAGUGGUACUUGUGCGAGUAACCUCGGAAACAUCACGCCCACUGAUUACUGGACUCUGAACUCGCCGUGUAUUCAAAACUGAAGCCUCAUUAAAGACAAAAGCAACGAGGACAAAUUCACAUUUAAAGGCUGUGUCGUUUCUGCGACGCCGUCGAUUAAAGUGAGGACGGUGGAGGUUUCUGCCAGGAGAGGGGAGUGUUGGCCUUCGAGGAAAAGCUGGGGUUCAGGAUUCAGAGACAGGCGGCAUGAAUAGGCAUAAAAAUCUAAAGCCGCGAGCUCCUGCAAUGCAAGUUCACCUGAAACAGUAUGUUUUGAAUUCUGAAUCCAACUGCACCUAAUAAAAAAUCUUUUUCCAUCUCUUAAAA